GCACCAGCACCGGCGAAAGGUUCUGGUCGUAAGAACAGUCUCCUAGCGACACCUCCUCCUUUACGGCAAAUGGAAUAUGGCGGAGAGUGAGAAAAACCUAGACGGACUAGAGCUCAGCAAGGAAUGGCAGGAGGCAGCAGACAGCAGAGCAGCACUGCUCUCCUACCUGAAGGAGCAGGUGCCUCAGAUCUUCUGCCUAAAGGACUCCAGCCCUCAGGAAGAGGAGGAGCUCAUGCAGAGCCGUCUCCUGCAUCCUCUGGAGUGUUUCCUUUUUGGAGAGGAUCCUCAAGAGGGUUUGGAAAAGCUCAAGCAGGGCAGCACCUCGUCCCACCUCUGUGGGCGUGUGUUUAAAGAGGGCGAAACAGUCUACUCCUGCAGGGAUUGUGCGAUAGAUCCCACUUGUGUCCUGUGCAUGGACUGCUUCCAGGAUAGUGUUCACAAAAGCCAUCGCUACAAGAUGCAUGCAUCAUCAGGCGGGGGGUUCUGUGAUUGUGGAGAUGUAGAAGCCUGGAAGAUUGGCCCUUAUUGCUCCAAACAUGACCCAGGGGCAGCCAAUGCCAUGGUAACGGAUGAUUGUGUGCUGGACCUGGAGUUAUACGGACGUGCCGAGAAGCUGUUGCGGAUAUUGCUGCACUAUGUCACAGAAUUUUUGGUGUGGGAGGAGAACUUUGAGCUGUCAGCUGAACUUCAGCCUCGGAUUAAAGACAAUACAUAUUACUGUGUACUCUACAACGAUGAGCAUCACUCGUACGACCAUGUGAUCUACACCCUGCAGCGGUCGGUUAACUGUGAUCUAGCUGAAGCACAGACACACACAACGCUCAUUGAUAAAGAGGGUCGGCGGGCAGUAAAGAGAGGAAGCCUUAGCUCCUGCCAGCAAGCACAAGAACGUAUCAGGGCAAACUCAGUGCAAAUUUCCCAGCAGCCACUGCGUGUGGAGAUCCUUCACUCAGUAGUAAUGGCUCAUCAAACUUUUGCGCUGCACCUCGGCUCCUGGUUCCAGAAAAUUAUCGGUUACUCAGUGGGUUUCAGGCAAGCCUUCUGUCAGGUGGCGCUACAGCCAGACGUGGACAGAGAUCGACCUUGCCUCAUUAGCAGACUCAUGCUGCAUGAUGCCAGGAUGUUCAAAGGAGCUCGCAAGAUAGUGCACGAGCUGAUUUUCUGCAGCAUGCUAAUGGAUACUGAAUUCAAGAGGCUUUUUGCGAUUGAGUUUACAAAGCACUAUAAGCAGCUGCAGAAGGACUUCAUCAAUGAUGACCAUGAAAGGAAUAUAUCCAUCACAGCCCUGUCUGUUCAGAUCUUCACUGUUCCCACACUAGCCAGACAGCUGAUCGAAGAGUGCAAUGUGAUUAAGGUGAUAGUUGAUACCGUCAUGGAAUUGCUGCGCGAACAUCUAGAUGAUAACAAUCGCUUCGUCUUCCUGGGCUACAACUCAGACAAGUUUUCACGCGUCCAAGUCAUCUUCCACGACCUCAGGUAUAUUCUGAUCAGUAAACCCUCAAUAUGGACCGAAGAGCUUCGGGGGCAGUUCUUGAAGGGGUUCAGAGUCUUUCUUGGUCUUCUUAAAUGCAUGCAGGGUAUGGAGGAGGUGAAGCGACAGCUUGGCCAGCACAUUGCUGUGGAGCCAGAAUGGGAAGCUGGCUUUACUUUGCAGAUCCAGCUCCGCCAUAUUCUUGCUAUGUUUCAGGACUGGUGUUCCUCUGAUGAUGAGAUUUUGCUGCUUGCAUUUAAGGAGUGCCACAGAGUUCUGAAGCAGUGCAAUAACCAGCCCUUCCACAGGGACGCCACUGAUCACUAUAUGUGCAAACACAUCCUCCAUGUCCGUCCAUAUAAAGUCUCACGGGAGCCUGUCAGCAUACAUCUGCCCAUCUCCAGACUAUUGGCUGGCCUGUAUGUACUCCUGUGUGGAACUGGCGCAAUCGAGCGCCUGGAUAAUCCUGCAACCUAUGAUUUCACAGAGCUGGCAGAGCAUGCUCUGCGCUGCGUGGUGCUGGCUGCACAGGUCUCGGCUGAAAUGUGGCGGAGAAAUGGGCUUUCGCUGGUCAGCCAGGUGUACUACUACCAGGAUGUAAAAUGCAGGGACGAGAUGUACGAUAAGGAUAUAGUCAUGCUUCAGAUAGCUGCUUCCAAAAUGGACCCCAACCACUUCCUCAUGUUGGUCUUGUUGAGAUUUGAGCUCUUUGAUUAUUUUAAUGGAAGUUGUUCAAGCAAAGACCAGGACGAGUUGACGCAGUGGAACCGUUUAACAGAAGAGAUGCUCUAUCUGCUGAUCGUCAUUAUUGGUGAGCGCUAUGUCCCCGGGAUCAGUCACUUGACCAAAGAGGAUGUGACAAUGAGGGAGGUUAUCCACCUGCUGUGCAUUGAGCCCAUGGCUCAUAGUAGCCUGGUCAAAGCCCUGCCAGAGAACGAAAGCCAUGAAACAGGCCUGGAGACAGUUAUCACCAAAGUUGCCAUUUUCAAAAAACCAGGCGUGUCAGGACAUGGGUUAUACGAAGUGAAAAAAGAACAUCUAGUAGAGUUCAACCCAUUCUUCUACCAUUACUCAAGAUCCCAGCAUAGCAAGGCAGAAGAGUCUCAGAAGAAAAGGAGAGCUCAGGAGGGCAAUGAUAAAGCUCUUCGUCCGCCGGUGCCCCCAGCCUUUUGUCCAGCCUUUUCUCAUAUAGUGCAACUCCUCUGCUGUGACAUAAUGGUCCACAUCCUGAGAAACGUCCUGCAGAGAGCUGCAGAGGACCGACCAACUCACUGGACGGAAGCCAUGAUCCAGAGGGCGCUGCACCUGAUUGGCCAGGCAUUGCUAGAAGAGAAGUCGCAGCUUGAGAAUGUCACUGCGGAGGAAGUGACCUUUGAUUUCAGCCUAAAGGCUCGUUUAAUGGGUGCAGAACGUGGCAAGUCAGUGUUCCUCUUGUUGUCCAAGAUUAAGACUUUGCCUUCUCUGGAAGCUCAAAAAGACAUGAUUAAAUGGGUUCUACAGAUGUUUGAGGUUGUCAAGUGCCUUAGAGAGAACUCCAGUCCAACAGUGUCCAUGAGCAUGGAAACAGCCAAGCCAGAAGAGAGUGCUCAGGACAAAGAAAAAGCAGAGCGGAAAAGGAAGGCAGAGGCGGCUAAACUCCACCGACAGAAGAUAAUGGCCCAGAUGUCAGCAAUGCAAAAGAACUUUAUUGAGUCAAAUAAGAUGCUGUAUGAAAACAUGCCUGAAAGUGGAACACAGGGAGAAACUGUAGCGUCUACUGGGGACCAUGCCACAGAGCAGAGGGAGCUAUGCAUAGCUGUUGGGCCUCACCGAGGGUCCACUCCGGCUGACAGGGAGGUACUGACCUGCAUUCUUUGCCAGGAGGAGCAGGAGGUGAUGGCUCAGGCUCCAGCAAUGGGACUCGCUGCUUGUGUCCAGAGGUCUACAGUGCUGACACAGUGCAGAGGAAAGAUACCAAGCAGCAGAGCAGAUGGGCCGGGAACAUCAUAUCCCCUCUUUAUGCCUCCGGAUCUGAAUGUGGGGACCCACACUGGCAGCUGUGGACAUGUCAUGCAUGCCACGUGUUGGCAAAAAUACUACGAGGCAGUCCAAAAUACAACUAGGAACCGGCUGCAUGCUGAAUUGAUCAUUGAUCUGGAGAAUGGAGAGUACUUGUGCCCCUUGUGCAAGUCUCUGUGCAAUACUGUGGUACCUCUGAUCCCAUUAGAACCACUCACAUUUGACUAUGAAAACGCAGCGAUCAUUGGAGAGCAUUUGACGCUGCCUCGUUGGAUCCAGAUCCUCUCUGCUAGGAUUAAAGGACUCCAGUCAAUCGCUCAGGAUAAUGACCGUAACACAGAAGGCAGUAGUAGUAAUGGUAGCACUGGGCUGUUUGGCGAGGGCCAGCCAGACUUUAGAUCUAUUCUGAGCUAUGGAGUGCAAGAAUCGAGAAAGUUCUCAGACAGCAUUACAGAGAUGCUGGUUGUGUGCGCCACCACAGUCCACAGGGUUGGACUGAAGACUGCGCCCAAUGAGCUGUGCCCCCGUGUUUCCAUUAUGGCCUGGAACACAUGUGCCUUCACUAUUCAGGCCAUAGAAAACAUACUGGAGCAGGAGGGCAAGCCGCUAUUUGGGUCCUUACAGAACAGACAGCUUGCAGGUAUGAAGGCCAUUGUUCAGUUUUCAGCAACGCAGGGACUUAAGAGCUCUCAGGCGGUCAUCCAAAGGCACUUCACUGAUAUGUUGGGAGUCUUGUUACCAGUCAUGAGCAGAAAGAACACACCUUCUCUUCUUGAGGUGGACUUGUUCCAUCUUCUGGUUGGGUUGGUGUUAUCGAUACCCUCACUGUAUCAAGAGGAGACUGUAGACUUACAGCCAUCUGCUGUCAGCUCUGCAUACAAUCACCUGCAUAUCUUGCAUCUGGUGACCAUGGCGCAUGUGCUGCAGAUCCUCUUGUCUUCUGCAGAUGUCCCUGCAGCAGGGGAUGGACAGGAAACGGAGGAGGAGAGAGCAGCAGCAGAGUUGUACUCUGCAGUGUCACAACACACAGGAAGGCUCCUUCCAGAUGUUUCUGGCAGCUCUUUAGUAGAAAGAGUGAAGACAGGAAUUGCACCAUUCUUGCGUUGUGCUGCUCUCUUUUUCAAUUGCCUUACAGGAGUACCUCCUCCAGAGGAGCUUUUUAGCAUUUCUGUUGAUUCUCAAGAACAGAUGGAGGCACUAUGCAGUUACCUGGCACUACCCUCCAAUGUGUUCCAGCUUUUCCAUGAUCACAGAGAAACUGUUAGUCCACUGCUUCAGAGGUGGUGUGGGAGCCCAGUUGUAACCAAAGCCCUGAAAGGCAAAAUCCAGACAGUCAGAUACCCCAGGAAAAGGAAUCGAUUGAUUGAACUUCCCGAAGAUUACAGUACUCUCCUCAAUCAAGCCAGCCAUUUCAAGUGUCCAAAAUCCACCGAUGAUGAGAGGAAGCAUCCGACUUUAUGUCUCUUUUGUGGGGCUAUGCUGUGCUCUCAGAGCUCCUGUUGUCUCAGUCAGCUGGAACGAGAGGACGUGGGGGCUUGCACUGCCCAUGCUGCGACCUGUGGAGCAGGAGUGGGGAUGUUCCUCAGGAUAAGAGAGUGUGAAAUUGUGCUGAUGGCCAGUCGGACUCGAGGGAGCACGUAUCCCGCUCCGUACUUGGAUGAUUAUGGGGAGACUGAUCCUCAUCUUGGACGGGGUAAUCCGUUGCACCUUUGCCCAGAGCGUUACAGGAAGCUAAACCAGCUGUGGCAGCAGCACUGCAUCCUGGAAGAAAUCGCCCGCAGCCUGGAGGUGGUCAACGUUAUGUUUGCUUUUGAGUGGCAGAUGUUGUGAUGACUGCUCCAGCUGUGUGACUGGCCGAUACCGAGCAUGGCCCCCGUGCUCCCAAGACACACGCACGCACACGACACACACAAGCAAUCAACCCAAACCCUUCUGUAAUCAGAAAAGCCUGUUUCGUCAUAAAUGAAUCUCCUUUGGAAUCCAGAGAGGGGGGGGGCAGUCAAAAUGGAUAGAGGGUGAUUGUUGUUGAUUAAUCCCAAGUCGCCUUGUUUCAGUUUGAUUGUCUGCUGUGAGGAUGAGUUUCUCCCAGAGUAAUGUUAUUUGCAAAGAAGCUCAUUCAAAUAAAGAAGAGCAUCAGACACACACUAACACGUUUCUGUUAUCACUUCAUGUGUUUUUUUUCUUAAUGAUGCUGUGAAUUUUCUGCAUUCUCUCUCUUUGUGUUAGAACUUAUGAUUUGUGAUAAGUUAUAAUUGUUCAAAGAUGCGGUUUCCAAGUACAUUCAUGUGGAAAUGUUUAGCCUUUUUUGGAGAUCCUA